UAAUGAGAGAAGUACCAACUCCAAUCUGUUCAUAAGGGCUCCAAGAAGAAAUUGUGUCCUAGGGAACCGGUGAUCGCUUUCUUUCCUUCGCUCCACGUCUCUUCCUCUGCUUCUUCGAUGGAGGGAACCAGGAAGGCUCCCGCCGACUCCACAAUGCUACUCAAGCAGCUUAGGAGCUUCCGUUCCUUCCUCACGACGGGGAAGACCGUGGCCUUCGCGUACGGUUUCCUGACCGCUUUCGUAUUCUUCACCAUCUUCCUUGCCUUCUCUAUCUCCACGAAGCCCAGCGGCGACCGCAAUGGCCACGACUCCACUGGGAAUAUUUUGCUCACUGAAGAGAUACUCCUGGGAAGUGCUGUCCACUCUGUUUCUGCAAACCGAUGCAUUUCUACUUUCUACAGAAGUUACCAACAAGAACAAUUUCUUCCGCCCCCUCCUGCCACCAUGAAUCUGACGGAAACCCAUGAAGCUCUGAACCCCGAGAACGAGAUUCGAAUUGUCGCUGCUCCAGCUGAAGAAGGAAGGAAUAGUGCCGCGGGCAAAUGGGAGGACCGGAGGGAGUCACUCAAUGGUACUGGGAAAUUCUCCCAGGUCACUAACUUUGAGAGAGAGGCAGUUCCGGACAGCCCGAGCAAGACGCCAAGUGCUCCGGUAGUGACUCUGGCCGGAGACAGCGGCACGACUUCCGGCGACGCCUCCAUGGUGAUCAAGGAGAUCAAUGGAGGUAAUGCCUCCACGGGUCUUGGAGAAGGUCGUGCCAGUCGUAGACGCCGAAGCAGAAGGUGGCCGACGAAUACUAGCAGGAGGCCGGGCGCCGGAGGAGACGGAGGAAAUGCAGAAUGCAAUAUAUUUGAGGGGAGGUGGGUGAGGGAUGAUUCCUACCCUCUCUACGCCGCCGGGUCGUGUCCCUUCGUACACGAGCCCGUCAAUUGUAUUAAGAACGGCCGGCCGGACAGCCUUUACGAGAAAUGGAGAUGGCAGCCCAAAGAUUGCAAUAUCCCCAGAUUGGAGGGGAAAGGGAUGCUGGAGAGGCUGAGAGGGAAGCGUCUGGCGUUUGUGGGCGACUCCCUCAACAGGAACAUGUGGGCAUCUCUCAUUUGCAUCCUCUGGAGCUCGGUGGAGGACAAGAGGCGGGUGCAGUGGGCGAUGGGCCGCCGUAACUUCGGAACACCACAUGCCGGCGGCUUCACAUUCAUGGACUAUAAUUGUUCCGUGGAGUUCUACUGGUCGGCCUUCCUGGUGGAGGAAGUGAAGACUGGUAUGCCCGACGGGACGACCAAGGCGACCCUGAAGCUUGACACCAUCGCAUCGGCUGCCGCCUCCUACAAGGACGCCGACAUCCUGGUCUUCAACUCCGGCCACUGGUUUACUCCCUCCAAGACAAAUAACGGGAAGGAUUUCUAUCAAGUAAAGGACCGUGUUCUCAAGAAAAUGAGCGAUUUUAGAGGUUACAAAAGAGCGCUUAGCACAUGGGCAAAAUGGCUCGACGCAAACGUGAACCCGAAGAAGACCAUGGUUUUCUUUAGAGGGUAUACGAAUGCACAUUACUGGGGAGGGGAAUGGAAUACGGGAGGUUUUUGUCACAACCAAGCGGAGCCCAUAAGGGAGAACGGCCGUCUACCGUCUCACCCGCCGAAGGCGAAGGCGCUGGAGUCUGUGAUCCACGGAAUGAAGACCCCAAUCUCAUAUCUCAACGUUACCAAGAUGUCGGACUACAGAAAAGACGGGCACCCUUCCAUCUACACGAAGCCGAAGUUGAGCGCAGAAGAGAGGAAAGCACCGCCGAAAGCUCAGGACUGCAACCACUGGUGCCUGCCGGGCGUGCCUGACUCGUGGAACGAACUCUUAUAUGCAAAGCUGCUGACGACAUAGCUGGACAAGGGUCAGGCCGUCCUAACAUGAGAUAAAAUGCAGACUCCAGUUUCAGCAGCCGUGAAAUCGUUGCCGACGGUGCAGCGGUGGAGGUAUCAGUUCUAUCAAGUUGGACGAAGGAGAUGAAACAGCCAGCUGCUGCCGACGGCGGAAACCUGGGAGUACAAGUGUGUUGUGUAUUGCCGAGUUCUUGCUUUUAGGUUCAAGCCGUCGCCAAGUCUGAUUCAAAUAGCAAUCAACUGGUACAGUAAAUCAUCUCACAGAACAGAAACGGGUUCGUUGUUGAACUUUCAAUGACUAGUUUCUCUGGUUUUUCCCUUCACUCUUUCGCUCAAGUUGGAACUCUAGCCAGUGUGCCCCGAUGCGGUGUAUUAAUCUAUUUGGUCAUCCUAGCUUCACAUACUUGCUAUUUCAUUCCUAAUUAUACC